AAAAAAAAAAAAAAGAUAUCUCAUUAUUUGUCAGGAACAAAAACAUGUUACCUGAAAAUAUAGUUUUGUUGUGCUGAUUUGUUUCGCAAGUAACUAGUUAACUAACUCCACAUGAUUUGGGAAAGUGUAAGUCUGCGAAUACUUUCAGAAAAGGAAUGGAGAGUCUUCAUUUUCAUGAUUGAGCCUGAAGGGUCUUUGUUACUCUGCUUUUCCAAUUUAUCUCAAGGAAUGUAUUUGUGAUUCACUCUCUACUGUGCUGAUUUUUUUGUGAUUCUCUCUCACAGUUAUUUUGUGAACUCAAUUCUCUUCAACCAAAUACAAUGCUUUUGUUGAUUCUUUGUGGAUAAAGAGUCUCUAACUGCUCCUGUGAAAUUUAGUGACAUGGGUUUGGCUAGAUUGGUGUUUGAUAAGGAUUUAGUGGUUUCAAAUUGUUUAGGGUUGAUGGGUAUGACAGAAAUGGUGAGGUUGAGUUUGCCUUGAAUGUGUUUGAUGAAAUGCCGAAGAGGGAUAAGUUUAGUUCGACGGGCUGUGUAAAUGUGUUAAGGUUGAGGUUGUGAGAGAGAGAGAGAUAUUUGAUGGGAUGGUUGACACUGAUAAGAAUUUUGUUACUUGGAAUGUUACGAUUAAUGGGUAUAUGAAAUCGGGGAAAAUUGAAUUGGCGAGUGGAUUGUUUGAGCGGAUGCCUGCUAGGAGUUUGAUAAGCUGAAAUUCGAUGAUAGAUGGAUAUCAGCACAAUGUGUAUUUUUCUGGAUCCUUCUCUGUUCAUUCAAAUUCAAUGAUGGAUAAAUAAUUUUUAACCACUCCUGUGAAAUCCACUGUCGACAAAUUUCAACUUGUUCCCGAAUUCCUCUAGUGCUUUGUCCCUGUGAUACUCCUGAAGGUGAAUAUUGUGGACUAGUAAAGAACCUGGCUUUGAUGACUCAUGUCACUGCUGAUGAAGAGGAGGCACCCCUGAUUUCUCUGUAUUGUCAAUAGCUCGCUAUAAAAGCCCCUGACCACCAUAGGACAUGCAGUGGCAGUGCAGUUAGUGUGGUGGUUACAGCAGCUACUAAAUUGCCACACCUCAUAACAAGAUCAAAGGUUAAAAAAUUCCAAAAACCCUUAUAGCAAACAUUAGGGUCGGUUACAAUUGAUUUCUGAGUUUUGAUCUAUAUAGCAGAAUUAAAUAAUAUGGACUUUAUAGAAAUUCCUAUAUAGCGACCAUCGCACUAUUUUCAAUGUGUUUUUACACUUUUGGGGUCAGCCACGAUGUUCAGAUGUCUGGGAUUGAUAAUACCGUGACCAUGAAGCUCAUUGAGGAUUAAACUCUUGAGCAUAUGAUUGUUUUUCAUUAUAAUCAAACCAACCGGCCAGUUUUAUUUGAUUGGGAAUUGGACUUGUGUCUGGUCUAGCCACAAUAUUGGAUUGUUUGUCAUCAAAUCGGUACUGACAUCAGUAAACUGUCACGACACCAAACCAGUAGCAGCUUUGCUAGAAUUUUGAAAAAGGUGGAGCUGAAAUGUUGAAAAUUCAAUUGAAAAUAUUGAAACACGGCAUAUAUUAGCAUGCAUGAGUAUAGACUAGCAUGCGUGAGAAAUAUCUGGGCCUAAAUGCAAAUGUAUGGGAAUACGGUGCAAAACUAAAAACUGAGGGUGGUCAAAAUGCAAAAGUAUGAGGAUAUUUGUGUAAUUUUUCAAAGUUCAGGGUGUGCAGGUGCACACCCUCAUGAUACACUGGAUCCGCCCCUGAGUGUAGUAGCUUUAGCAUGGGUUAGUUGUUCAUAACAGCGUGUUAAGUGCCGCAAAAGUUCUAAAGAGUUAGUUUGUUAAGUGCUCAUAACAACUGUUUUUAUACAGAGCGUGUAGGAUAGCAUCUAAGCGAGUGAAGGUUUGUAGGUCUAUAAAUUUCUAUAGCUUGAGUCUUUAGAGUAAAGAAUUUAGAAUAGAGAGGAACAUCUUUGGAGGAACAUCUUAGUAAACUGUUUCCACAUUUAGCUCUGGCUUUGUUAAAAGGAACGUCUUUGGAGAUGCAGUGCUUGCAACUAGGGGAUAAACAUUUAUAGCCUUUGUGAGAUGUAGUAUCCGUUUGAUUUGUAGAAAAAUACAUGGCAAACCUUUAAGUUACUUGACAACUUUUUAUCCUGUAUGGUGUUUGGUGGACAUUCAACAUUACAAAUAAAAAUAUCAUAAAUUUUACUCUAAUACCUUUUAUGAUAUAGAGAGGAUAAAAAGAAAGGGGGAGAGAGGGAAGAGAAUGGAGAGAGAGAGCAAUGGCGGAUUAUUCAUAAAUAUCUAUGGGGUAAUCACAAUGAAAUUUGUAUAACAAAAUUGUUGUCCACAAUUUUGUCAAAAAAAAUAAAAAUUGUUGUCCACAAUAUUAUAAAUUACACAUUUUACCAAUCUUAAUAUGUUUCAAACAAUUGGGGACCAAGUUUAAAACAUGAGGUUCAAAGAAAUUCUAUAAUUUUAAGUCUGCCUUGCUUUUCUCAAAGUCUUUUUGUUUGGAGCUAUUUCUUUUGGGUCUUGUUAACCGGUUAAGAAACUAAUAGUAGAAAUAAAAGACAUGAUUUACAUUGAAAAGAGCAACAUUUCAACUUUUAAAAAAUAGAAUACACAAUUUCCAAGAAAAUAUUUCCUUUUCUAAUUCCUUAAUCAGUGGCCCGGGGGCACUGGUUAACAUUUCCCAUUUCUUUUUUCUAACAAUCCAGCUCCAUUUGGAUCAACAUGGGCUAUGUCAUGUCAAACAAAGUCAACCAUAUAAUAUUGUCACAAUAUUCAUCUAUGAAAUGAUACUUCGACAAAUAAGAUUUGACAACAAAUUUUAACGAUAAUUUAGAAGGUUAACACAAUUAAAUAUGUGGUUAAUUACGUUUAUAGAUGAUUAAUGAAUAUAAUUAUAUUUUGCAACUCAUUCGGUAUCCACUCAGGUUAUUAAUCACUAUUUUAAAUGUUAUUAACCACACUUUUCAUUUGCUCAAAUUCAAAUAUACAUGAUUUUUAGCUGUUUAAAUAUAUAUAAUUUUCAUUAACUACUAUUGGUGUUAAAAUAUACACAUUAAAAAUUGUGGUUAAUCUUGAGCAAAAUAAGUAAAUAAAUUGUGGUUAAUGACAUUAAUACUAAUUGUGCUAAGUGAAUGUUAAUAAGUUUUGACACUUUGUUCUAUCCAUUAACCAUCAACUAAAUGUAACUAAAUAACCAUAUAUUUAAACUGUGUUAACUAUUCAAAUUGUUGUCAAAAAAUUAUUUUAGAAAAGUUCUAACAAGUGUCCUUUAAUAAAGAAAAUAUAGUAAUAAUGUACUGGAACUUGUGCAAUAAACUCUUAAAAAGUCUAAAAAAAUGCAUUUUUCCAAAUAAAAUUCUCUUUUAGAUUCUUUAACAGCUCCCUUCCGAAGGGCACUUGUUAGCAUACUCUCUUAUAUCACUUACUCUGCUUAUAAGUUGUGUCCACAUACUCUUAUAUCACAAGUCUUCUCAUAUUGAAACUUCUACUAGCCAAGUUGAUAUGGUUAAACUGUGGUCCACAUGCUUCCUAAUCAUUUAAUAGCAUCCUUCCCUGACUUUUUCCAAUUUAUCAUGUUUGGAGCUAUUUAUUUUUUCAAGCUUUCUCAUUAACCAACAUCCUAUCCAAUCAUACUAGAAUAUCUUAACAAUCCACACUUCCAUUUGACUUAGAUCUUCUUCUCUAAUCCAAACAAUCUUUCAUGAUGACCAUUCUUGUUUCACAAAUGUCAAUUCUUUUGCUUCUACUGUUAUCUGUAACCACAUUCCACAAAAGCAUGUGCAGCAACCACACAUUGUUUUCAUGCAAUGAGAAUGACCGACAAACAAUGUUAACCUUCAAACAGGGCCUCAAUGAUAGUCGUGGUAUAAUAUCAACGUGGUCAACUGAAAAAGAUUGUUGUGCGUGGAAAGGAGUCCACUGUGACAGCAUUACUGGCAGAGUUACAAAACUUGAUCUCAACAAUUGUUUUUUGGAAGGUAAGAUCAAUCUUUCCAUUCUAGAACUUGAGUUUCUGAGUUACUUGGAUUUGAGCUUACAUAAAUUUGAUGUGAUAAGAAUUCCAUCGAUUCAACACAACAUCACACAUGCAUCUAACCUUUUGCACCUUGACUUAUCCUACACCGUAGUUACUGCUUUGAAUAAUCUUCAAUGGCUUUCUCCACUUUCUUCCUUAAAAAAUCUCAACCUCAAUGGAAUUGAUCUUCAUAAGGAAACUAAUUGGCUUCAAGCAGUGGCUACACUUUCUUCCCUAUUAGAGUUACACUUAAGUAAGUGUAAACUGAACAACUUUAUCAACCCAUCUCUUGAGUAUUUGAAUUUGUCUUCACUUGUAACUCUUGAUCUUUCUUGGAACAACUUCACAUCUCCUUUACCUAAUGGGUUUUUUAAUCUGACCAAAGAUAUCACCUAUCUUGACCUUUCGGUUUGCCAUAUAUAUGGCGAGAUGCCUUCAAGCUUGUUAUACCUUCCAAAUUUGAGACACCUUGAUCUCUCUUAUAACCAACUACAAGGAUCAAUUCCAAAUGGAAUCCGCCAACUAGAACAUAUUAAAUACCUUGAUCUUAACAAAAACCAUUUACACAGAUCAAUUCCGUAUGGAAUAGGCCAACUAGCACAUAUUCAAUACCUUGAUCUUUCCAAAAACAUGUUAAGUGGUUUCAUUCCUUCUACUCUUGGAAACCUCUCAUCCUUAUAUUCCUUAUCUAUUGGCUCAAAUAACUUCUCUAGUGAAAUUUCAAACAGAACCUUUUCCAAACUCUAUAGUCUAGGUUUUCUAGACUUAAGUAGUUUAAAUAUUGUAUUUCAAUUCGAUUUGGAUUGGGUUCCUCCAUUUCAACUAGGUGGACUUUAUUUGGCUCAUAUAAAUCAAGGCCCAAACUUUCCAUCUUGGAUUUAUACACAGAAAUCACUAGAAGAAUUAGACAUAUCGAGCUCGGGAAUUUCAUUGGUAGAUAGAAAUAAAUUUUUUAGUCUUAUAGAAGGAAUAAAUAAUCUUUAUUUGUCAAACAAUUCGAUUGCUGAAGACAUAUCAAAUCUAACGCUAUUGGGAUAUGAAAUAUGGCUGGAUCACAAUAAUUUCACAGGAGGACUCCCAAACAUAUCAGUAGGGACUGACCUAGUUGAUUUGUCUUACAACUCCUUCUCAGGAUCAAUUCCACAUAUUUGGACGAGCCUGGAACAUUUAUUUUACAUUAACUUAUGGAGUAAUAGGCUAUCUGGCGAAGUUCCGGUGGACCUCUUUGAUUUGAAACAAUUGGAAAUGAUUAACUUGGGAGAAAAUCAAUUUUCUGGAACCAUUCCAAUGAACAUGUCACGGUAUUUAGAAGUGGUCAUAUUGAGAGCCAACCAAUUUGAAGGCAAUAUUCCACCACAGUUAUUCGAACUCCCUCUUUUGUUUCAUUUGGACCUUGCACAUAACAAACUUUCAGGAUCUAUGCCAGCGUGCAAAUACAACUUGACUCAUAUGAUUAAUUAUGAUAGGUAUUAUUAUGCUAUGGUUUAUUCUGCGACUAAUGAUGCAAUUGAGUUGUUUACAAAGGGUCAAGAAUAUUACUUGUAUGAUGUUAGCCCUAAUAGGCGAACUAUUGACCUUUCAGCUAAUAACUUGUCUGGAGAAGUGCCGUUGGAAUUAUUUCAUCUUGUCCAAGUUCAAACAUUGAACUUAUCUCACAAUAAUUUGAUUGGAACAAUACCCAAGAUGAUUGGAGGCAUGAAAUAUAUGGAAUCACUCGACCUCUCUAAUAAUAAGUUUUGUGGUGAAAUUCCUCAGAGCAUGGCUCUCUUAAACUUUUUAGAGGUUUUGAAUUUAUCUUGCAAUAAUUUUGACGGAAAAAUCCCAAUUGGAACUCAACUUCAAAGUUUUAAUGCAUCGAGCUACAUUGGAAAUCCUAAACUGUGCGGAGCUCCUCUUAGUAGUUGUACCACGAAAGAAGAAAAUCCUAAAACUGCAAUGCCGUCUACAGAGAAUGAAGAUGAUGACUCUAUAAGAGAAUCAUUGUAUCUUGGCAUGGGAGUUGGAUUUGCAGUGGGUUUUUGGGGGAUUUGUGGUUCUUUGUUUCUUAUUAGGAAAUGGAGGCAUGCAUACUAUCGAUUUAUUGAUGGAAUGGGUGACAAGCUCUAUGGAAUUUUGAUGGUAAAGUUAAUUAGAUUUCGCAGAAAUUGAGCUCCUGCUAGCAAAGGUGGAUUAUGCAUGUGGCAGAUCCUGCAUUUUUAUAAGUCGUGGAUAUAAUUUUCUAAAUAGAGCCAAUAUUGUGAUAUCAGCAAUUAAGAGUUGUAUGAGAUGAGAUCAUUUGUGAUUGUAUCACUGUUUCUGCUGAAUACAUCUUUCACUUGUUGUAAAGUUUUUGUUCAUUGAAAACUUUUUAUACAAGUAAGGGAAGGUUGGAUUCAUGUUGUCAACUGUUUUUCUACGUAUGUAUCUCCUUGAUUUUUGUGCAAAAUGUAGUGAUUUUGGCCAGUGUUGUUGCUCAGGUUAUGUAUCUCUCUUCUUUUUAUUAGUUA